AUUUGGUAGUGUGCUUCAAGAGUCACUGGAGUAAAGUAGUCUACUCUACGUUCCACACAAAAAAAUCGGUUUUUCCUCGUGACAGACAACCCUUUGACACUGCGGUCCCUCAAUUAUCACUAUUUUCAUAAACCAACUUUUCUCGUAUAGCUCACGUGCUCGAGUGCCAGUUAAGAAGGUGUGGAUUGGUGAGCAGAAGCAGAGCAAGACGGAGCUUCUGGUUGUGGUCGUGACUGCGGAGAAAGUUUGAGUCUUUGGAGUUUUGGGGUGGACGUGGACAUCGGCGAGGUAUUAAUUGAGGUGAGCGUGGAGUGAGAAGGUCAGUACCAGUCGACAUGGCCACGGCGAACGGGUCCCAAUCCACCACCACCUCCUCUGGAACCUCAUCUCCUACUGGCGACAACAACCCCUCCUUCGUCUUCACGCCAACCACACCCAUGGAAAACUGCUUCCUCGCCUUCGACACUGACGGGGACGGGUGUUUAAAUUACCAAGAAUUUGCUGUGUUGUGCCGAGCUUUGUUUCGCAAUGAGCGGGAUAAGCCUUAUCACAUCGAGCCAAAAUCGUUAAAGGAGAUGUUUGAUACCUUCGACAUAAAUCAUGAUGGUUUAAUUGACGAAAAGGAAUUUGAAUCAUGUUGGCAGAAAUGGAUUCGCAAGAUUGUUCGUCCCAUCACGGCGUUGGUGGUAGUGGAUGUACAAAACGACUUUAUCUCCGGCUCUCUGUCCAUUUCCAACUGCCCUGCGAAACAAAAUGGGGAAGAGGUAGUGGAGCCCAUCAAUCGCCUAUUGGACUCGGUCGAGUUUGACUCUGUCUACUACACACUAGACUGGCACCCCGAAAACCAUAUUUCAUUUCUGGAUAAUAUCAACCAAAGAAAGCUUCAUUUCAGCAGCAAAAUUCCAAAUCCGGAUGACGCAAAGUUGUACGACACGGUGACGUUUGAAGGGCCGCCGGUAAUGGAGCAGAGGUUAUGGCCCAGGCAUUGCGUACAAAAUUCAUGGGGUGCUAAAAUGCAUGAAAACUUGAAGAUAAUUGAGGGGAGUCCGUUUAUCUACAAGGGAACAAAUCCUGACGUCGACUCGUACUCUGCAUUCUGGGACAACUUCAAACUCUCUCAGACUGCCUUAAUCACAGAAUUAGAGAGCAAGGGGGUGACAGACUGCUAUGUUUGUGGACUUGCUUAUGACGUAUGUGUGGGUGCGACUGCCUUUCACGCCGUAGAACUGGGCUACCGCACCGUGCUUAUUGAUGACGCCUGUCGUGGAAUCACGUUGGAAGAUAUUCAAGCAACUAAACAAAAGUUGAAUGAGCAUCACGGCGUUGUCAUUCAUUCCGAUCAAGUGAAGGACAUGGUUCAAGGGAGAGACAGACAUCCAGAACUGGGACUUAAAUUAGCAUUUGAAAUCAGAAAGCAAUUAAAACGCCAGAACACAAUAAAUGACGAAUAGCAUUUAUGACACAGCCACAUAAUAUUAAUACAGCUAGGAGUUAGGUAGGAUAAAAGACAGGUAUUAGUAAAAUAUAAAUACGUACUUUCUCGACAACAAUUUCUUCAUAUCAUACCAGUUUUGUUGGCAAUAUUCUGUAUCUAGUAAGUUGUGUGCUGAGAUUGAAUUGGUAUGGACUCAAAAAUGGAGAUAUGUGUCGCUUAAAUAAAAAAACUGCGUAAUAUUAAAAUGAUGUAUUUCACAGUAAAUUUGGUAUCUCGAACAGUAUUCAGCUGUAGUAAUAGCACUAAAUAAGCAAGAUUGUUACUAAAGUUCGAAGUAUUCCAGCAUCUAUGUUUAGCACAUCUCUUAAUUUGAAGCGCAGAACAUUUUACAAACACUAACAGAUUUCAGUUUAAAGAUAAAGUUUGUAACGGUUCACAAUUUUUUUGUAAACUCGCCUUUCGUAUCAAAAUAUCCUUCUACGAUCUACACAAUGUAUUAAUUUGUCAACAAUUGACAAUGGCGAUUUAAGGACACAUAAAAUUGCUGAUUUAACAUGUAGUAAUUUGAUAGGUGAGCUGGUGGUAUUAGUUUUGCUCGUUGUAAAAUUACAAUGUUGAAUUAAAUCCCUGAUCUUGUAUUUCUUUAAACGAGGUGAAAUCUGUUCGCGUUUUUGAACACUAAUUAUGAGUCGCUAGCCUUCAAAUUAAGGGAUUGAUGAAACGAAUGCCUGGUCAUUAUUAGUAAAGUACAGAUUUCUAAAUGUUACCGGUUGAGCUAGAUAUUCCGUCCAGAUAAUUCCGUGAUAGUCCAAGUAUUCCAUUUAACCUUACUUGUACAAGUAGUGAUUAUAUAAGGACAAUUAUUGAUAUAUAUGUUUUGACAGCAAAUUUCUUGUUAGAGCAGUACAAAUGAAAUACAAUGCAUUCGGCUCAUCUUAAAAAUGAGACAUUAACAGUGUAAGUGGUAUGACAUGAUUUUAUGAUUAUGCAAUUGUCCACCCACCUCUGUCAUAAGUUGGUUGGAGAAACAUUUCUCAUGAAAACGGCCUUUAUUCGAUGGCAUACAUUGUGUAGUUGUGUUGCUCUAUAGGCUUAAUGCAAGUCAAUUUGGCAAUUAUGAAAAAAAUAUAAGUGCGAAAUAAAAUCCACUUACUACAAAU